UCUUUCGAUCUUGAAAAUGAUGCAUCCUUCUCUACCUACUAUUUAGCGGGCUUAAUUGCUGAUUUUACUUGAAAUAUUCCACCUAUAAGCAAGCUUAUCACUCAUCAGUCUGAGAAGGUUCGCAUUUUGCGGUAAUUGGUAAUUGAACGAGAUGCUCUGUGCUCACCUUGCGGUUCCAUAUGCAGCGAGAUUCUCUGCUGUAGAAGUUCCAGAGAAUCGAUCCAUUGACCGUUGGAAGCUUUGCAUUUUGCAUAAUCAUUAAUAGGUGCUUCACAUUGGUGAACUGCACAUGCGUUGCUUCCUCAGACAGGCGACUACGUGUUCACCGACUAUUUGGCUGAUCAGCGCCUGAAUUCCAGAAUCUAGUGGAAUUGUUGAAUCUUCCCGACAUGGCAGCUACUCUCCUCUGUCAGGCUUCGUUCCUUCAACCCAAUCGUUCGCUGAAUCUCAGAGCUCACCAGUUCCCUCGCGUGGUUCAGAAUCUCCGAAUUCAGCCUACUUCCUCAAAUGCACGGUAUUUGGCCAAAAUGGAGAAUGGGUUCGUCCCGAGAGCCUCGGGGGUUGUCCUCACAUCGAAUUCUGACUCUCGAGUUACAGUCACAACAGCCAGUAGUCCGAUUAUUGUCAUAGACAACUACGACAGUUUUACUUAUAAUCUUUGCCAGUACAUGGGAGAGCUGGGAUUUCACUUUGAGGUAUACCGCAAUGAUGAGCUAACAGUCGAGGAGUUAAAGAGGAAAAAUCCCAGAGGUGUGCUAAUAUCACCUGGUCCUGGCGCACCCCAGGAUUCUGGCAUAUCUUUGCAAACAGUUUUGGAACUUGGACCAACUGUACCUUUGUUUGGUGUGUGCAUGGGCUUGCAAUGUAUUGGAGAGGCUUUUGGAGGAAAAAUUGUGCGUUCUCCUCAAGGUGUUAUGCAUGGAAAAAGCUCUUUGGUGUAUUAUGACGAGAAGGGAGAAGAUGGAUUAUUGUCUGGGCUAUCGAACCCUUUCACUGCUGGUAGAUAUCAUAGCCUUGUGAUUGAAAAAGAGAGUUUUCCUCGUGAAGAACUUGAGGUAACAGCCUGGACAGAGGAUGGUCUUAUAAUGGCUGCCCGUCACAAGAGAUAUAGGCAUCUGCAGGGGGUUCAAUUUCAUCCCGAGAGCAUUAUAACCACCGAAGGCAAGACUAUUGUCCGCAAUUUCGUCAAGCUUAUAGAGAAAAAGGAGGCUGCGGCUUUAGCAAAAUAAUGUUUCAUUACUGUUGAAUCUUAGUAUGGCUGAGGACAGUCAAUGUUCUCUGCUCUCUAAAGUCAGCAAUCUGCUUUAGAGUUUUAUGAGUGCCUGGUAUGUACUUAGUUCAUAAAUGGCGCGUGAUGUUUCAUCUUUUCAUAUUUAUGUAAUGAGUAAUGACUAUUCGAAGCUAUCAAUUUUCUUUAAACUGUAUAUCCCAUCUCCUUUCUCGUA